CUGUAUCAUUAUAUUUAAAGUUGGUAAUUGUUGUAAAGACACCUUUCGUGCAUAUUUUCCACGUAAUGAUGUCAUGAUCCACCCAAAGCCAGUUGAAACUUGCUGUGGACUGUCACGAAUUUCCAGAGAUUGGUCUGUGAGAUGGCCAUAGAUGUCCUCGAAUCUCGAAUUUGAGAUUGGUCUGUGCAGUUCCAGUGGUCGGCCUUUGCCAGCCAACCCCUAUGGGUUACUCUCUCAAGACUGGUCAGGUAGUCUUCCCAGGUUUUCUGAGAAUAAUUACAAGGGAAUGAAAUGACAUUUUAUAUCAAGCCACCACAAGGCACCGUUUCUCUCUACAAACUCUAUGAAGAAGCAGAGGUCCGAUUGCAGUAUCUAGUUCAGAUCAACCAGCACUGGGGCGAUGCAACCAAAAUCAGCAGCAUUCUCACUGACAAUCCAAGUAUUGCUUCGAAGUCCGAAUGUCUCAUUGAGGGAUCACGCAAGGAUCAGAUCUCACACUUCAUUUUAAGAUUUGCUUGUGUUGAGAGCAGGCAGCUACAGCAUUUUUUCAUCGAAGCAGAAACCCAACUGUUUGAAUAUCGGCUAAAAUGUGGUGGUGCUGAAACAUUUGUCCGUUGUCUAACUGCACUAAAGCGACAUAUACAGCAUUCUUUGAAACACCAGAAGUUGUCUUUGUCUCAUGAAAGAUGGUUGCAGGAACUGCUCAGAAUUACAAGGCAGAUUAUUACUUCAGGGAUGAUGCUCUGCAGUGAAAGACAGAGUUGCAGUCAUUGCCUCAGAGUUCCUUGGACGAUGGUGCCCAUUUUGGUGAAGAAUCGCACAGUAGAUAUUAUUAAGGGAGAAGCAGAGAUUGAAUGUAGGCAAUUGGUGCAUCUCCUAAGCUCUGUUUUUCAGGGAACUUUAGAAUUUGGAAUAAAACAACUGUCUCUCUAUGGAGGUGAUUUAUUUGAUGACAAAAGACUGGAGUCGGUAAAGAGGAGUCUUUAUAGAAUAUACAGGAGAAUACAGAGUAAUGGCUUAACGCUUCAGAAAUUUACUCUUACUCAUAGAGACAUUGAAACAGAGGCUCCUUUCUUUCCCCUUUGCAUGCAACAUCUACACAGCAUUUUAUCAAGAAACAAUCGCUUGAGACACCAUGAGAGAUUCAAGUACAGCCUCUUUUUGAAAGAUAUAGGUUUGCCACUAAAAGAGAACAUACGCUUCUGGGAAGAUUUUUACUCAAAGCCUCACUGUACGUCUGCAAGUGGCUGCACUCAUUCUUGGGCUGGAAACGACAGAAAUCGCUACGUGUACAGCAUCAAGCAUUUCUAUGGACUGGAAGGAGGAAGGAAGAAUUAUACAUCGCAUUCAUGUGCUUCUCUCCAAGAAUGUCAUCCUCAGCCAACUGAGGUGAGAGGCUGUCCAUUCACAUCAACAAAUGCAGAGGAUGUUUCUACAUUAAUCAAGAAAUUUGUCCCUCACAGCACAAAUAUUCUGGACAACGUAAUGAAGGAGGUGGUAUUAGGCAGAGCGAGUGCUGCCUGUCAGUUAGUAUUUGCCUUCCAGGUGUUCAUGCUCAGACAGAGCAGUCAUAAUUGGGAAACUGAAACUUCCAAUAAGGUGACAAGUAAAUAUGUACCUGAAAAGGAGAACGAUUGUAAGAGUUUAAAUCUUGUUGAGCAAGGAAAAGACUUUCAGGAUAUUUCUAUGCUUACAAAUAAAGAUAAUGGAAAAUGGAAAUCAAAACUAGAAUUAUCAGACUUUGGCAGUAAAGAUUGCUGUAGACAUGAUGAUACAAGGACUGUGAUGAGAUCAGAAAACAUCAAACAUGACUGCAAGUGUAAAGAAGACUGCAGGUCUUGUCAAAGUUUUAGCACAGCCCCAAGAGCUAGGUCAGAACACCCCAGAGAAAGCAGAGGUAUUCCGUCGUGUGACAUUGAAGAUCUAGGUACUCUCCUGCCAGCCUGCAGUUUCACAAGACCCUCUCAUUACUAUUUGUCUAUGAAGCAGGAACAAGGUUUAAUACACAGUAACAAUUUGUAGGAGAAGAGGUCCUUAAUCUGAUUCUGCUUUUUUGCUCAUUUAUUAACAGUUUAUAUAAUACAUUUACUUUUUAUGGUGCAUGUUGACACAGGUUUUAUGUGAACCAAAGACUGUUUAGACAGUAUAGGGUUAGGAUUUGUAGUUUUUAAAGAUGAAUAUUUAAAGAAAAAUGGAGAGAAAAGGUUAACUUUGUUCAUAUUUAACUUUUACUUAAUUCAGAACUCCUAUUUUCCAUCAGUUCUUAAGAGUUUUUUUUUCUAGAAUCUUGUUUGUGAUAGCUUUAAUGUGAUAUAUUGAUGUGCCUUUUAGUGUCUGCCUUUUUAAGGUGGUGUACAAAUACUUUGAAAUGCCGUUAAUGUAGACAGCACCUUACCAUCUUUUCCUAAAACUAAUGAAAUGAUGUGCCCAUUACUGAAGAGCAUUUAUGUGUUAGGUGGAAAUUGAAUGAUAUCUGAUGAGGAUGAAUAUUGAGAUUUGUGGGACUCUGUGCCUACUUUUAGAGUACAAAGCAUGUAUAUAUUAUUUAUAAUAUUACUCAGUAAUAUAUAUUGGUAUAUUCAUAAUUGCUGAUAUUGAUACAGGUUUUACUAUUUCUGUCCAGUAUCAUUUUUUAUAAAAAAUGAUGUAAUAAGGAGAUCAUUUCUCUUUUGGCGUCUGCUCGUCUAAUAUCUGUAUGGUGGAACAACAUUUAAGUUACCCCUGACACACCGAUGGGGAGCCUCCAGGGAGAAUUUUGCAAAUCAAGGGAUGACUCUUAUAAUCUUGCAAUGCCAUUGAAUAUUGUAACAAAAUUUCUCCUUUAUAAUGUGUUAUAUUUAUACCUACACUUGAUAUUGACUUUGUAUUAUUUCAAUGAUAUAUAAGUAAGGUUGCUGACUUUUAAAAAAUGUCUGCUAUAUUUUCUAUAAAUUGCUGACACUUUUGUAUAUGAAAGCUAUGUAUGUAAUGUAUACUGGAAGUUCGCAACGAAGUUCAGUUCACUCGGAUGUUGAUGCAUUGGUACAAUCUUACAGUGGCACUGUCUUUCCUGAACUGUAUUUAAUUAUAACAAGUACAAAUGAAUAUAUCAAGAUGGAA